GCUGCCUUGAUUGCUAUAUCAACACUGUGACAUCUCAGUUGACUAUUUUAGUGUGCUAGUAAGUCAACAGACAAGUUUUGAAGCACAAUUCGUUUUCUAUAGUAAUAUCUCAACAUGGCUAUGGUUCUGCCAGAACUGUUCUCAAAGUACAAUAGGUUAACCACAGUUGUUACUGCAAAACAGUUGGAAAAAUUUCAUCACUUGAUAAAAUGGAGAAAAAACGCUUCUGUUUUGGAAAUUGGGCAUGCUGAAGGUGGAAAUUCUCAGAAAUCAUUCUUUCCCUAUUUACCAAGCGAUUUGAAAGAGUAUGUUGCUACGGACCUUUCGGAAAAUAUGAUUGAAUAUGCAAGCAAAAACUCGACACUUCCUUCAGUGACAUUCGGGCAACUGAAUAUAGCUGCAAAACAAGUUCCACUGGAGUAUCUGAAUAGAUUCGAUCAUAUAUUUGGAUUUUUUGUCAUGCACCAUGUGAGGCAACCAAGGCAGGCAUUCAGAAAUAUGUUCGAUAUGCUCAGGAAAGAUGGUUCAAUAUUUCUGACAUUCUUCAAACACAUUCCUUCUGAUGCAACCCUGGAUAGAUUAGCAAAACAUCCAGAAUGGAAACAGUAUGGACCUGAAAAUUUCAUAUCUCCAUAUUACUACAGCCCCAAUCCUCGCCAACAAUGGGAAAGUGAUUUGAGCGAGGCUGGUUUCAAAUGUUACGAACUGUUCGAAGAUAUUGGGAAAUAUGAAUAUGUAGAUGAAAACGAGUAUGAUAGUGAGUAUUAA